AAACUAACUCGCCUACUACACGCUGAUCGUCUUGUGCACGAACCAUCCUGGCUACGUUCAUUUAUUCUCUCCGUUUUCUGGUAAAUAUUUCCCCCACCCCCAGCCAAAUCGUCUCCACACUCCACUGAGCUCAGCGUCCUCCGAACAUGCUAGCUCGUAUCGUAGCCACGCGUCUCCUCGAGAUCCGUCAAUCUCUCCGCUUAACUCCUCAGGCAUCUAGAUCCUUCUCCACUUCCUUGAACUACCACAUUGAUACUGCAGAUAACAAUCCGGACCUUCCUUGGGAGUUUUCGGCUGCGAAUAAAGAAAAGGUUAAAGAAAUAGUAUCUCACUAUCCAUCCAACUACAAGCAAUCAGCAGUUAUUCCUCUGUUAGAUCUUGCGCAGCAACAGCAUGGAGGUUGGCUCCCUGUUUCAGCAAUGAAUGCAGUGGCUAAGGUUAUUGAAGUUGCUCCUAUCCGUGUGUAUGAAGUCGCAACAUUUUACUCAAUGUUCAACAGGUCUCCGGUGGGCAAAUAUCACCUAUUGGUUUGCGGCACAACACCAUGUAUGAUACGAGGUUCACGGGAAAUUGAAGAUGCAUUACUGAAACACUUGGGAGUGAAGCGCAAUGAAGUAACCAAGGAUGGCCUUUUCUCUGUUGGAGAAAUGGAAUGUAUGGGAUGUUGUGUAAAUGCUCCUAUGAUUACAGUGGCUGAUUACUCCAAGGGAUCUGAAGGAUAUACUUACAAUUAUUAUGAAGAUGUUACUCCAAAACGAGUUGUUGAGAUAGUUGAGAUGCUAAGAAAGGGGGAGAAGCCACCGCGUGGCACACAAAACCCAAAACGCAUUAAUUGUGGACCAGAAGGAGGAAAUACUACUCUGCAUGGAGAACCAAAACCUCCUCCAUGCCGGGAUCUUGAUUCCUGCUAAAGCUACGGUAAAUGUUGUCUCAAAUAACACAAAGCUUGGAGUUUUUCAGGCCUACUUGAGUUCUUGUUUUGUUAAGCUUAACCAUUUUUUGUAUUUUCCUACCAGUAUGGUUUCUGGUGGAUGUUUAGAUCCAUACAACCGCUUAUUUUAAGUAGUGAAAUGGUAUACAGAUCAUUGUUGUCCUUGGAUUCUCAUAAAUUCUGUAGGUGGUUGAAUAGUUGCCCUUGUAUGGUGGCCACUGAAAAUGCAGUUUGUUGUUAACGCAGGGUAUGCCAAGGUUCAUAAUAAAAUGUUAUUCUGAAACUA